AAAUAGGGUUUAUGGGCAAAGCCCUCAUGAUUAUCCUAAUUAAAAGCUGUCUAAUUAAAUUAUUGUCUUGAGCUAACCAAUAGCAAUAGUUGUUUCAUUAGCAUUGCAUGAAGAGUGAUGAAAAGCAAAUCCUUCCUGAUUGCAGGAUAGUGUCAAUUGGCUCAUUUGCUCUCUUACUCAAAGUGACGGAAAACAUAGGAAGGCGAUUCUUUUGGGUGUGUUAUGUAGAGUUAGGAGUGGGCAAAAGAUUGCGAUUCCAUAUAGGUUGCGUUAAUAGUGUUGAGAGCUAUGCAGCUCGAGAAUUGCAUUUUGCAAGCUAGUGGGCUCUCCAAGAAAUGUCUGAAUGUGGGCAGUGGCUACCCAAGCUCAGAUGGAUCUGAGCUCUCCUUGCAGGACCAUCCUAUUAUAUCUGCUAGUGACAACCUGGAGAGAAGUUCAACUCUGAAAAAAAAUUCCAGGGGGAUGACGAACCAGUCAGAGGCAGACAAUUUCCCCGACUCCAAGAACGCAUCAGGGGACGUCCAGAGAGGCAAACUCUCGCCUGAUCUUCACGGAGUCUCUGAAAUUCGUCAUAAUUUCGAUGGAUCUACAGGAGAAAGGUAUAUCCUUUCGCAAUCUAGCCAACCACAGUCAGUCUCAGCAACUCCAAGUGCUAUGUUCCCCUAUCCGAGUCAACAUGGACCAGCGCACCCGGCUUUUUCUAUUGGGAGUCCGAGUCGUUAUAUGGCCCACCAUCCAGUCAUCACUAAUGGAGCGUACAACAGUCUUCUGACCAACAGCUCUCCGCAAGGCUACCCAACCGCGGGUUACCCAUACGCCCAACAGUAUGGACACACUUAUCAAGGAGCGGCGUUCUACCAGUUUUCCUCCGCGCAAGCUGGGCUGCUGCCUGGGAAAGCGCAGGUGUAUCUGUGCAACAGGGCCCUGUGGCUGAAGUUUCACAGACAUCAAACAGAGAUGAUAAUCACCAAACAAGGACGACGAAUGUUCCCCUUUUUGAGUUUCAACAUUUCUGGUCUGGAUCCGACGGCGCACUACAACAUAUUUGUGGAUGUUAUUCUUGCCGAUCCAAAUCACUGGCGAUUCCAAGGUGGCAAGUGGGUACCAUGUGGCAAAGCGGACACCAAUGUGACAGGAAACAGGGUGUACAUGCACCCUGACUCUCCAAACACCGGUGCGCACUGGAUGCGCCAAGAAAUCUCAUUUGGAAAGCUGAAGUUAACGAACAAUAAAGGAGGCUCAAACAACACGGGACAGAUGGUGGUUCUACAAUCGCUUCACAAGUACCAGCCAAGGCUCCAUGUGGUGGAAGUCAACGAAGACGGAACGGAGGACUCCAGCCAACCUGGAAGAAUACAGACGUUCACCUUCCCAGAAACACAGUUCAUCGCAGUCACAGCUUACCAGAAUACCGAUAUUACCCAGCUAAAAAUCGACCACAAUCCAUUUGCUAAAGGAUUUCGGGACAACUAUGACACUGUCUACACAGGUUGCGACAUUGACCGAUUAACGCCAUCCCCGGGUGACUCGCCUCGCUCUCAGAUCAUGCCUGGUGCGAGAUAUGCCAUGGCUGGUUCUUUCCUACAGGACCAAUUUGUCAGCAGUUAUGCCAAAUCUCGCUUUCACCCUGGCGUAGUGACUGGACCUGGCACGGACCGCAGCGUCCCACUUAGUAACAGCUUGCUAUCCCCGCAACAAACCGAAGAGCCCACAGUUGCAUCCCCGCAGCGAUGGUUUGUCACCCCUGCCAAUAACCGACUGGACUUUGCCGCCUCGGCGUACGACGCUGCCGCGGCUGCUGAUUUUGCCGGUAACGCGGCCACCCUGCUGUCCUACGCAGCAGCUGGAGUAAAGGCACUUCCACUGCCCACUGCAGGGUGCUCAAACAGACCUCUAGGUUACUAUGCCGACCCAUCCGGCUGGGGCACACACACACCACCCCAGUACUGCAAUAAGUCUAGCUCUGUGCUCUCUUGCUGGCCAACAAAUUCUGUUGGCAGAACAGGCACCUCCAACUACCUGGUUGAUGACGCGGACACCAUCCCAACAGAAAGGUCACCCAUCGGAGGGUCUAAUGAGGCAAAACCAAAAGACUUAUCCGAAUCCAACUGGAUAGAGACGCCGUCUUCAAUGAAGUCGAUUGAUUCAAGUGAUUCUGGUAUUUUUGAGCAAGCUAAACGGAGAAGAAUCUCACCGUCUGCUACACCGGUUUCGGAAACAGUGUCCCGGUUGAAAUCUGAGAUCUUGCCUCCAAGAGAGUGUGAGAAAAAUUGCGCCAAGGACAUUGGUUACUAUAGUUUCUAUCCACACAGUUAGACAACCACAAAACGGGAGGGAAAUGGUGUUCUAUUUAGAUUAAUCUAUCUUUAUAUGCAACCGAUAAUAUCCAACUGAUAGGCCGCUCAGUUGCAAUGCACACCCUGUCUUGGACCAACAUUGACAACGAUUUAAAGAUGUCGGCAUGUAGCGCAUAGGCCUACUGGGGAAAUGUAGGCGAUAUUGUUCCAUUUAACGUAAUUCGUUUGCUAUCUAAUAGCUGAAGGCCUACAUACAGUAGCCUAUUUAUUUAAUUUAAACUAGUUUUAAUCAACAACUAUUGUCUAUUGUAAUUAUAAAAAUGAUGUACAUAAUAGGCUAUUUAACCAUUUAGUGAUAUUGUGAAAUGAUUGUAAACUAUUGAAUUGAUUUGUAAGAUUUUGAAGUAUAGAAAUACUCGUUGGUUGUGUUUUAAAAACGCACAUCGGCCUAUGCUAUAGUCAAGUGAUCUCAUACAAUGUGAUUUAAAAAAAACAUCGACAGUCUAUGAUGGCUAUUUCGUUGUGUAACAGAGCGAGAUCUGAGUACAUGUAGCCUAAUUAUUUAUGUUCCCAUUGUAGUACUCUUUGUCCAUAAUGUUCAAUCACAGUGUCAGUACAACAUAUUCAGAUGUUAGACAUUUGAGGACACAGCCAUUUUAUCAAACUCAAAAUAAGACGGAAAUUCAUUAUAGGUGUGGUAAUAAACGUUAUAAAUAUUAAUAUAGUGUAAUUUUUACUACAUUAAUAAGAGAAGAAACAUGUAAUUUUCAAGUCUUUCUCUGACCAUUCAUUAUUUUUUAUAGAUUGUGUUGUAUGUGAAAGCUUCUGUAUCUGCUGUAAUGUGCUUCAUUGCAAUAAACGAU